CCUGUCAACUUCUCCACCCCUCUCUUUAGCUACAGCUCAGCUCUUCCUGAGCUCACUCUUGUCGUUGGCGUUCGCGUUGACUGGCCAGAGUCCGCGAGCUGAGCACCCUCUGCCUCUCCCUGCCUGUUUUCACCCCCUCUCUCCCAUCACUGCAGCCCCAUUCAUCUCCCGCCUGCCCUCCGGCCUACAAGCCCCUGGUUCCCCUCUCUACUUCCUGAUCUGAUUCUGGCAUCUGAUUGGCCAUGGCGUACCAUAGCUUCCUGCUGGAACCAAUUAGCUGUCAUGCGUGGAACAAAGAUCGGACCCAAAUUGCCAUGUGCCCCAAUAACCAUGAGGUCCACAUCUAUAAGAAAGACGGGACCAAGUGGACCAAAAUCCAUGAGCUGAAGGAGCACAACGGACAGGUCACAGGUAUUGAUUGGGCUCCAGACAGCAACCGCAUCGUCACUUGCGGCGCUGACCGUAAUGCUUACGUGUGGACCCUGAAAGAAGGAACAUGGAAGCCCACCUUGGUCAUCCUCAGGAUCAACCGGGCUGCUCGCUGCGUGAAGUGGUCGCCAAAGGAGAACAAGUUUGCCGUCGGCAGCGGCUCGCGGCUCAUCUCCAUCUGCUACUUUGAGCAGGAAAAUGACUGGUGGGUGUGCAAGCACAUCAAGAAGCCGAUCCGUUCUACAAUCCUGAGUUUGGACUGGCAUCCUAAUAAUGUCCUGUUGGCUGCUGGAUCCUGUGACUUCAAAUGCAG